CCAGACCAAACUCACUCGGAAAGUGGAUACGUUUUUCCCGCUUGCUCUACGAGACCUCAACAUUUCCAAUUAUUUUCAGCCAAGAAAUUCGCUACAGGAAAUCCGUUCCAGAUCCACCUCUAGCCUACCAUGUCUGAACCAGGUUCUGGUUGUGGUGUUCCAGCCCAGAGAAGCUCACAGCAGGGUCCAGAGUUGCUGUCAGUGAAGCUGGGGUACUGCAGUCAAACAGUGGAACUCAAUGCGAUUGUCAAGGAGGAGGGCGAGGAGAGAGAAAUCAAUGAGGGGGAGGAGGAAGAGCGAGAGGAGGACAGGGCCUCUGUUGACUCAGGAGAGAUCCCCAACCCAGACUCAGUCAAGGAGCCCAGUUCCACAGCAUCAAGACUGCCUGGUUGUGGGAGUUACCCCUGUCCUCAAUGUGGGAAGUGUUUCAGUCGAGCAGGAGACCUGAAGACUCAUCAGAGAUCGCACAGUGGAGAGAAGUCUGCCAGUACUUUCAAUGUGAUUGUCAAAGAGGAGGAGGAUGAAAAGGAAAUCUAUGAGACGGUAAAGAGAGAAGUUAAGGAAGAGCAGGAACCUAGUGGUGUAGUUGACCCAGAUACAUCAAGACUAUCUGGUCUUUGUCGAUUCCCCUGUCAUCAGUGUGGGAAGAGUUUCCGUUCCUCAGGUAAUCUAAAGAAUCAUCAAAGAGUACACACUCGAGAGAAACCAUUUCAAUGUGCCACAUGUGGGAAGAGGUUCCGUGAAAAAUUCAACCUCACGGGACAUGAGAAGGUACAUAGUGGGGAGAAGCCUUACCACUGCACCCAGUGUGGGAAAAGCUUCAAUCGUUCGGGAAGUCUUAAGGAACAUCAAAGAGUACAUACAGGGGAGAAGCCUUAUCUCUGCUCUCUUUGUCAGAAGAGUUUUAGUCAGCCAGGAAAUCUUAGGAAACAUCAGAGAAUACAUACAGGGGAGAAGCCUUACCGUUGCUUUCUGUGUGGAAAUAGUUUUGGUUUCGCUGGAAACCUAAAGAAUCAUCAGAGAGCACACUGUGGAGAGAAGCCUUACCACUGCUCUCAGUGUGGGGAGGGAUUCCCUCAACUAAAAAGUCUUAAAAGCCAUCAGAAAAUACAUUUUGGAGAGACACCUGCCUGUACUUUCAAUGUGAUUGUCAAAGAGGAGAAUGAUGAGAAGGAAAUGAGAGAAGUUGAAGAGGACAACAACAACAGUGGUAUAGUUGACCCAGAUAUAUCAAGACUGCCUGAUCGUUACAUCUGUCCUCAAUGUGGAAAGAGUUUCAGUACCUCAAGUAAUCUUAAGAAUCAUCAAAGAGUACACACUGGAGAGAAACCUUUUCUCUGCUCCCAAUGUGGGAGGAGUUUCAGUGAGAAAGUAAACCUUAAGAGACACGAAAGAGUGCAUAGUGGAGAGAAGCCUUACCACUGCACCACAUGUGGGAAGAGCUUCAAUCAUUCAGGAAGCCUUACAAAUCAUCAGAGAAUUCACACAGGGGAGAAACCUUUCCACUGCUCACUGUGCGGAAAUAAUUUCCGUUUUGCUGGAGACCUAAAGAAUCAUCAGAGAUCACACAGUGGAGAGAAGCCUUACCACUGCUCUCAGUGUGGCGAGGGAUUCACUCAGCUAAGAAGUCUAAAAAGUCAUGAGAGAAUAUCCAUUGGAGGGAAGCCUGCCUGUGCUUUCAAUGUGAUUGUCCAAGAAGAGAAAGAAUUUGAGGGAGAGGAGAGUGAUGUGAAAUAAAUGUGAAGUGAGGAUACAUAAGCUACCUAUAGGUAUUGAUAUUCACACCUAUCCUUGCAAUGGUGUCAUGGACUGCACCAUUUAGGGCUAUCUUCUUUUACUUCUAUGAGUGUAUUGGAAGUUCACAAAUAGGCCAUGCUGGGGCUGAGUCUAUAUUUGUCUACACUGGGGCUGAGUCUAUAUAUAUAUAUAUAUAUAUAUAGUAUAUACUGGGGCUGAGUCUAUAUAGGCCUGUAUACUGGGGCUGAGUCUAUAUAGGACUGUUUACUGGGGCUGAGUCUGUUUAUAGUAUAUAUUGGGUCUGAGUCUAUAUAUAGUAUAUACUGGGGCUGAGUCUAUAUAUAGCAUAUACUGGGGCUGAAUCUAUAUAUAGUAUAUACUGGGGCUCAAUGUCCCAAAUGGGGCACUAUUCCAUCUAUCUCUCAUAGACUCCAGUAGAAUUCCGUUGUGGAUAUUUUUAUACCUGAUUAAACUCAGUAGAAGGGCUGGUUUGUAUUGACAUAAAAUGUAUUGUUAUGUCAUGAUCUGGAUGGAACCGGUGUUUUUUAGAAUAUUGUUCUGUUCCGGAACAGUAUAGAUCCCUUUCGUUGUCAGUUCUGGUUCUGUUCCUUGAAAUUCUGGUUUUCUUUUCUGUUCCCUGAACUGGUUCCAACCCCUGGUUUAGAAUAUUGUAAAGUAUCCAUUAAUUAAAUAAUAAAUGCUAACAAACUGUUAUCUUCUUCUUCAUUAAAGGUGGAUGAUGUUGGUAGAUUGUCUUUAUCCAUGAAAAGUCAGUA